AUGCAUUCAGGACGCUGCAAAGAAAACGCCCCUGGUUUUAGCAUCAAGGAAGAAGUUCUCCUUUGCAUCUACGGAGACAAUGUCCACAUACCAUUCUGUGUUUGCCGCACUACUGGUGACUUCAGCCAAGAGAAGCGUCUGAGAAGAAGGUUGCGUCGUCAGCUGAAACGUGAUCGUGAAAACGAAGGGACAUCAAGAGCGAAGGAGCUUGAGAAGGCGUGGGAGGACAAGGACCCAAGAAACGCCUCCUGCUGA